CAGGAUCAUGCGUCCAGACGAUGCCAACAUCGUGGGCAACGUCCAUGGCGGACACAUCCUCAAGAUGAUCGAGGAAGCUGGUUGCAUCAUCAGCACAAGGCACUGCAACACACAGAAUGGGGACCGCUCUUUGGCUCUUCUGGUCCGGGUGGAGAAGACAGAGUUCCUGUCUCCUGUGUUCAUCGGUGAGGUUGCCCACGUGACAGCUGAGAUCACGUACACCUCCAAGCACUCAAUGGAGGUGCAGGUGAAAGUCAUGGCUGAGAACAUCCUCACAGGUACAAAAAAGCUGGCCAACAAGGCAGCGUUGUGGUACGUCCCCUGCUCGCUGCAAAAUGUCGACAAGAUUACGGAGGUGCCUCCCAUCAAGUAUGCCAGUGCAGAGGAAGAAGAGGAGGGCAGGAAGCGCUACGAGGGUCAGAAGAUGGAGAGACUGGAGACCAAACUGAGGAUUGAAGCCGUGGCGUCCCCUUCGCCCAACCCAGAAAAGCACACCGUUGGUUUCAGCCAGUCCAGCCUGAUCCAUCUUGUGGGGCCCUCUGACUGCACCAUACAUGACUACGUUAAUGGAGAUAGCAUCAUUGACAAGACCAGAGGACCCAAAUCGGCCACGGUGGCUCGCAAACACAUUACUGAACAGUACUGGCUCGACAUAGCCGCUGACAUGCAAUAG